AGUUUUCCAGUUCAGUGACGACGCCACUGUCACAACGAUAGCAACGACUCCAGUACUAUCAAAACUUAUUAUAUCAUGUUUUAAUGAACUACCUUCGGUCGGUUUGGAGUCGUGUUCGUCCGUGUGUCUGCGUCAGUUUUUUGUGGACUAUGAACCCAAAUGCAAGUCGACAACCAAAAUAAGCACGAGGAAUAAAUAUCCAUGCAUUCAGAUAACCAGGUUCUGUUCGACUUUUCGUUACUUUGUCUUUAAGAAGCUGAAUUUCUGUCGCUGGAGAAGAAUAUACAGUCUUACCAUGCCGAAAUGCAAAGGUCUCCUCGAGCGCAUAAAGGAUGGAGAGACUACCAUUAUCGCCGAGGGGUAUUUAUUUGCCUUUGAGCGUCUUGGCUACCUGAAAGCAGGGCCGUUCACCCCUGAAGUUGUAGUGGAUCAUCCCGAGCUUGUUCGCCAGAUGUACAAGGAUUUCGUGCGGAGCGGAAGUGACGUAGUUCAAGCAUUGACUUACUAUGGAAACAGAUACAAGAUGGCCAUCGUCGGUCGCGGUGACGAGCUGGAAAAGCAGAAUCGUCUCGCCCUUAGACUAGCGAGGGAGGUCGCCGACGAAACAGGUACCCUGAUGUGCGGGGAUAUCUGUAAUACAUUCGUCUACCAGCCCGGCAAUGAGGAGGCUAUCGAGAAGACGAAAGCGAUGUUCAAGGAGCAGAUAGAAUGGGCGGUAGAAGAAGGGGCUGAUUUCAUCAUGGGCGAGACAUUUGGGAUGUUUGGUGAAGCUCUUCUUGCUGCGCAGGCUAUCAGAGAACACGGAAAAGGCCUGCCAGCAGUCAUAACCAUGACUCCUCACGUCAGCCGAGACAGCGAGGGUCGACUUUGUACACUUGAUGGAGUCGAGUUCAAUGAGGCCUUCAGGAGAUUAGUCGAGGAAGGGGCAGAUGUCGUAGGGUUGAACUGCACCCGAGGUCCAGAACUUAUCAUGCCUAUGAUGGAAAGCGCCAUCAGAGCAGGGAUUAAGGCACCUUUGGCCGUUUUACCUGCUCCCUAUCGUACCACCGAAGAAUACCCAUCAAUGCUCUCUAUACCGGACCCUAAAACAGGAAAGAGGGCUUUUCCAGACAACCUCAACUGCUUACUCUGCUCCCGUACUGACAUCACUGAGUUUGGACAGCGGUGUGUCCAACUAAAAAUACCAGUCGUGGGUCUGUGCUGCGGAAACGCCCCUCACUACACACGAGCUCUCGCCGAAUCGUACGGUCGCCGUCCCGAGGCCUCCAAGUACUCGCCCGAUAUGACGAUGCACGGGUGGUACGGCACCAAUAAGGAUAUUGUGAAUCAACACUACAGCGACACUCUUCAGAAACUACCAAGUCUUUGAUUUUUUGUUGUCAUGUUGAUUUGGAUCAUAUUCGAUGUGAUUUAAUAUUGAAUCGAAUAAUGGAGCUUUGUGUUACGCAAUGAAUUCCACGAAGCCUUCGACAGUUCAAAAAAUGCAACAUUACACUGCAAAAAAUUCGGUGUUAAAUGACCACCAACCCGGAAUCUAUAUUGUGUCCACACCAGAGAAGUGUUAAAUAACACCCGUUUGGUUUUGAUCUAACACCAGAUAGGUGUUUAUACAAAACCAAUUAGGAUUAAAACAGCAUCGGUUUGAUUCCAAACUGGUGUGCUACUAGUAUUUCAAUGGAUAUGAGAUUCCGGGCUGGUGGUAAAUCAAUACCGGGGUCUUUGCAGUGCUCCUUCUGAAAGUAAAGAGAUGUAGAUCACUGAAAAAUACAGGCAAAGUGAGGUCAGGCAAGGCUCCAUACACAGUUUUUUUUAAUUGUAUUUUAGAAAGGGCUGGGAGAGGGGCAGGCCAUAUUCUCCGUAGCCAUGGGGCCACUUUGUCCCAGGUUUGGCUCUGUUCAAAAUUUCUAGAGCUAAUUAGUUGUAAACAGCAGGAAGAUUCUUCUCUAGAUCUAGAUAACACCUAUCGAAAGACUUUUUUUUUAACUUCAAUAAAUGACUUAAACAAUUAAUAUGUCGUCACUAAGAAAAAGUGUUAAAAACGUAAGUGCAAUAUAUGUAGUGACAUUGACCAUUGUGACCUCAAAAGUAAUAAAAAUCGAAAUAGCAUGUUUAAAACGAAGUCAAUCGGGUUACUGUCGGUUGAUCCGUUCACUUGAGUUUCGGGGCUCGAAAAAAAAAACACGGAAAUGGGUUUCAAGCGUGUAAGGGUCCAAGACGUUAUGAUAACCCCUUUACACAAUUUAACCUAAAGAUGGCGCCGUUUUGAAAUCCAAGAGUGAUAGAAUGGUUUAAUCUAAAGUAGCUUAAGUUUGUAUUUAUUCAUAUCACGUCAAUAUUCAGUGAACUAUCAUCUACGACCAGCUGUCCCAUAUGUCAUGUAACAUGAAAUGCAUAAAUUUCAAUUUUUUAAUGGUUCGAUAACUAUUUUUUUUUCUUUUAGGAGCGUGUGUGAAAUAAUUUGUCGAUAAACUGAAGGUAAGAUAACAUCAUUUUAUUUUUUUAGAAAAUGACAAUUCAUUGAUUUUUUUAACUACACGAUAUAUGAGGAAGCUGAUCGCAUAGGAGUCACAAAUGGAAAAAAAUACUCUUAUAUCUUUUUAGAUAUUUUCUGGAUUUCCUCAAACAUUUACCAAUAUUUUCUUUUGAUAGGUUUUCCUGCUAUUUUUACGAUAAACCGAUCAUCAGGAUGAACUUCCCCUUAAAAAAAAAGAAAAAAGAAGGGUCACGGACUACAUGGUUUCUGCUCCUAUUCCUUAGUUUGUUUUUUUUAUUAUAUGUAGGAUAGCCCCCUAAUAUACAUAUUAUGUACGUAUUUGUUGUAAAAAUAUUCAGAGUAUAGGAUAUAUCAUCUCUAGAGUAUUCCACAAAUAUACGUUUUGUUUAUAAACGAAAGGUUGAUGAUGCUUUGAGUUGUAGUAGUGAUAGAAGAAAUGUAUUAUUCUCGAGACUGAACAAUAUCGUGUCUGAUUUUAAGGAAAUACAAAAAAUGGUGAGGACUUACUAAGACGAUGAAUUUUAAAAUGAUGUGAAUUAGAGAACGAAUAAUUUUGUAUUUAAAUUAAUCAUAAUAUUAUACUUCCAUUUAUUUGUAUGAAUAUGAUUUGAUUUUAAACUGUACACGUAUGAUUUGAUUUAUCGUGAAUAAAAUUGCCCAUUGGGGCAAAUGUGGAAAUGG